UGGAAGUUUACUCAGCUGACAAGAGCUGCCGUUGAGAAAGUGUCCCUGAUCGACUGGAUUAUCGACAGAAACCGGGGGUGUGCGCGUGGCUUUCUGUUGCCAUAGAGACGUGCUCGCGCAAGAACAAGAGACGCCAAGGUUGGAAACUCGUGGCGCUGGAAGUUUACUCAGCUGACAAGAGCUGCCGUUGAGAAAGUGUCCCUGAUCGACUGGAUUAUCGACAGAAACCGGGCUCCAGAUGGCAUUUACGGUGGCUGAAGGCCGGCUGGAAGUUUUGCAGAUCUACCGACUGCUGCAGUGUGUCCAUGAGGGCAACAAGGCCCAGAUAGAGAGACUGGUCAGUCUGGGUGUUGAUGACCUCAUCAAUCUCACUGAGCCACACGAGGGCAAGGGUGUUUUGCACUUAGCUUCCGUGGCCAACAACACAGAUAUGGUGGAGUUCCUCAUGGCUCAAGGUGCCCGUCCCGAUGUUCAGGACAAGCAUGGGCGUACACCAGUGAUGCUGGCCGCAGAGCUCGGACAUGACAGCGUAGUUGCUCUCCUGGCCAAGCAGCAUGCAGAUAUGAAUCUGACAGACGUAGAAGGAAAAGGCGUGCUCUUCUACUGCGUCUGUCCCACCAAGAGACACAUGCGCUGCCUGCAGGUGGCGCUGAACAGCAUGGCCGACGUAAACAACGUGUCGCACGCGGGCGUGCCACUCUUCUUGCGGGCCUGCGAGAACGCUAUGGAGUGUGAGGGCAUGUGCCUCAGCCUGCUGGAGAGGGGGGCUGACCCCAACGCCACCAAUCAGGUGACAGGGCGCACUGCAUUGAUGGAGGCGGUGAAAGCAGGGGCAGUGGGGCUGGUCAGAGCCAUUCUCAGAAGAGGGGCCAAUGUCAAUGCACUGGACGCCAAGAAAUUCCAUGCAGUUCACUUUGCAGCUGAAGCAGGCUACUUUGAAAUCAUCCAGGUGUUGUCUGCAUAUGCGGCGGAUAUGGGAGUAUUGACAGCAGAAGGGAACACGGCUCUGCACUACGCUGCGAGUGGAGGCUUUGCUGACUGUUGCAGGUUUUUGGCUCAGAGAGGAUGCAACCCCAAACAGAAAAACCUGGAGGGCCUGUUACCCCGUCAGAUUGCCAAGGACUUGGGUCACAAGGCCUCAGUCAAAGAACUGAAGAAAGCCGAACGCUUACAUGGGAAGUUUUCAAAAGGCUCAGGUGGCACUAACGAACCAUGGGCGCUGACCCUCCAUGACUGGUCUCAUGAGUAUGAGGCUGAACUGCGUAAGGCCUUCGAAUCUGCUUCAGACGGAGUUGUCGGCAUUGAGAUGGUCUCCAGGGAGACGUUUGUCUCUGUUCUCCAAGAGCUCAAGCCGCCUGUAGAGGACGAACAUGUCAAGAGAAUCCUGCUGGCUCACGACAGGCGAAGGGAAGGCCUGAUUAACAUCAACGAGUUUUUCAAAGGUCUCAGAUACCUGCCCAGGACUUUCGUCAUGGCCUCUUAUGAGCCAAGGAAGAAGAAAAGGGCGGGGAAGGCAGGAAAGGCCAAGAAGAAAAGCAAACUGAACAUUCCCAUGCCGAUUUGCACCAUCCCUCCAGAACUCAUCUACCGUCGUGAUGAUGGCGGGCCACCACAUUUUAUGAUAGAGAGCUACCAGCUUGUUACGGACCCUAACCGCUUUGACAGGGACCAUCCACCAGGUCACCCUGUAGAGGACGACUCAGUCUGGUACAUAGACGAACCAGAGAAGAUCUACAUAAACAUCAGCUACUGCGUUAAAACCGGAGACACCGACUCCCUGAAACUCGCCUUUAGUCAGAAGGUCCCUGUGGAUGUAAAAGAUCGCUUCUACAAGACGCCGCUCAUGACUGCUUGUGCAAGUGGGAAUUAUGAAGUGGCCAAGUUUCUGCUUGACCUCGGAGCUGAUGUGAAUGCACGUGACCAGUUCGCCUGGACACCACUACACCACGCCUGCCACGCCGGACAGCUUGACAUCAUUGAACUACUGGUGGAAUCAGGGGCUGCAGUGGACACUCCAGCUCUCAAUGGGGCCACGCCUUUAAUGAGGGCCAUUGAGAGCGGCAGGCCCUGUUGUGUGGAUUACCUCCUCAAAGCUGGAGCCACUGUGACUGCAGAGAAUAAAACAGAGCAAAAUUGCUUGGACAUUGCCCGUGCUUACGCGGACCUCAGGAUAGUGGAGUUGAUCCAGGCUAAGAUUGAGAGCCUCCCCAAGCCAAAGGACAACAAGAAGGACAAGGCGGCCAAACCUCAGGCCAAACCCCGACCAGCUACCUCCACGUCAUCUAAGGAGAAGCGUCUUCAUUCAGCGUCUUCACAGCAGGGGGCGAGCUCAGCAGUGAAGACAGCAGCGAAGGCGGACAGCGUGAUCCUCCACAGCACUCAGAUCACCAGUGGAGCGCUUAACAAAGUGGACAUCAGCUUUGCAUCUAGAACGGUGUGGGGUAAGCAACUGACCACCAACCAACUGAUGGAAAAGAAGGAGAAAAGAAGACAGCGUUUCACCUAUGAGAUAGACUUUGAUGAUUUCAAGAUGCCUUUCAAUAAGAACCUUCAGAAGAAGACUCUGGAGCUGUUGGACGAAAGCUGAGAAAGGAUAUUGCAUCCAACACUCACCCUGCUUUAGCAUUAUGCAGUAUUCUAGCUCUAAGGCAUCUAUUUGUAAUAUCACAGAAUCUAUGAUUAGGAGUGCUG